AGCGGCGGGAGCGGGGCUCGGGCGGUCGGGACGGGUCAGGGCCAGAGGCAGCCCCGGGGUAAGGCAGAUGGAGUUCUCCAGCCGAGCGAGGCUGAAACAUGCGCGGCUAGCUGGAGACCGGCGGGAGCAGUACCCUCACAGCUUGCAGUUUUACCUGGAGCCCCCUAUGGAGAGCAUCUCCCUGGUGGAGUUUGAGAGCUUUGCCGUGGACCGCCUGAAGCUGCUUAAAGUAAUUGAAAAUCUCGGUGUGAGCCAUGUAAGAGGUACUGAUGUAUACAAAUCUAAGCUGGAGUCUGAGCUCCGGAAACUGAAAUUUCCCUACAGAGCUUUGGCUGAGGAUGAUUAUGAGGCAAGAAGAAAAGAUCAUAUCUCUCAUUUCAUACUACGCCUUGCCUACUGCCAGUCUGAGGAUCUCCGGCGUUGGUUUCUUCAACAAGAAAUGGAUCUCUUCCGAUAUCGCUUCAAUGAACUAACUGAAAGUUUAAUGCAGAAAUUCCUGGAACAUGCUAAUUUGUCAUUUGAAGCUAUUGGUGAAGACCUGAAAAAUGAAUUGGCUAAUGAGCUGAGUACAUCAACCCCUGGCUUCAAUCUGACUAAAGUAAAAGAACAAAUGUUCUUUAAGGUUGGACUUGCGGAUGCAGUGGAUUUAUUUAGAGCCAGAAAAGUAUUUAUUAAAGAUGGCUUUGCCUAUGUGCCAUUUAAGGAGAUUGAUGUGAUUGUUUUGAAUAACUAUAGAACAAAAUUGUCUAAAGCACUGGCGCUGACAGCACGAUCACUACCUUCCAUACAGUCUGAUGAGAGACUUCAACCUCUGCUUAAUCAUCUCAGCCAUUCUUAUGUUGGCCCAGAUUACAGCAUCCAAAAGAACACUGGAAAAAUUUCUCUAGAGCAAAUUGAUGCUCUCUCUGUGAAGUCAUUCCCUCUGUGCAUGCGGCAGCUGCACAGGGCGCUCCGUGACAGCCACCACCUCCGUCACGGAGGGCGGAUGCAGUAUGGGCUCUUCCUAAAAGGCAUCGGCCUGACUCUGGAGCAGGCACUGGAGUUCUGGAAGAAAGAAUUUAUCAGAGGAAAAGUGGAUGCAGACAAGUUUGACAAAGGAUAUGCUUACAGCAUUCGUCACAGCUAUGGCAAAGAAGGAAGGAGGACUGAUUAUACCCCAUACAGCUGCAUGAAGAUUAUCAUGUCCAAUCCACCAAGUCAAGGGGAUUAUCAUGGGUGCCCAUUCCGCCACAGUGAUCCUGAGCUGCUGAAGCAAAAGCUGCAGUCAUACAAGAUUCCUCCCAGUGGAAUAACUCAGGUGCUGGAGCUGGUGAAGGGUGUGCAUUACCAACUGGCCUGCCAGAAGUUCUUCGAGUUGACACAUGAUGUUGAUGACAUUGGGUUUUCUUUGAAUCAUCCUAAUCAGUACUUUACAGAGAGUCAGAAGCUGUUAAAUGGUGGCAGAGAACUGAAGAAGGAAUUCAAUAACUCGGGAAACUUCCAACAAAAAAAUAAUAGUCAGGAAAGCACGAAUUCAAGUUCUACUCCCACCUCUUCAAAUGCAAAAGCUGAUACAGAACUGGAAGGACUGGAAGCAUACUUCACUGAAGACUAAGCAGCUGUGUUAUUUGUGUGUUGUGUUAUUUUUUCUUUCUUUCAUUCUUUCCCUUCUCUAGCUGGAUUUGCCCCAGUACUGAGGAAUAUGCAGUUCACCACCUGGAAGACAGAAGCAUUUUGUGCUUUGAGUAGGCUGAAAAAAUGAAAGAUAAAUAUUGAAGCUGUAAUUGCAUCCAGUAUUUAUUCUUACUGCUUUAGGAAGCUGUUUUAUAGGGUAUGUUUAAGGAUGGGAAAGGAAACUUUCUUCACAAUUGUUAGGUAAUUUUUGUCUGACUUAUCUUUUCUGGUUUUCUUUAACAAGUUCUAAUAUUUUUAUCCCCUUUUGUGAUCACUUUUCUAUGUACCAUCUUAAUAAAAAAUUGCAAAGCAAAAGUCUUUUAUAUUUUCUUUGUAGCUGUAUUGGGAUGGUAAUUAAGUAGGAGUUUUUGUGAUCAAAAUUACGCUUUGGAGGAGUCUGUCUUUCUCUUCUAUAUGAGGAGCUGAGGGAAAUCAGCUUCCUAAUUUGUACCUUGACACUAAAUUUAGAAAGCUGGUUUUGAUAGUAGGAAGAGAAUGUAAUCAGAGUUUAGACACCUGUAUGUAAGAAAAUAAUAAAAAAAAUAUAUUCUACCAACUGACUUAUCAUGAAGAAUCUAAAAGCUUAUUGGCAUAUAUUUCUUUUAAAGUUUCCUCAGUGUCUGAGUGUGGUUGGAGCGUCCUGUGUCCUGCUAAGCUAAACAGCUAUCUGAAUGUAGCUUUGGCUCAUCUAAAUUCCACCCAUUCUCCCAAAGCCCAGGUUGCCCUACACACAAGCUGCUUUCAGUGCAGCAGCAACCAUCAUGCAGUGCAUGGGAGCUCCCAGCAGAGCUGGUAUUUUCUGGCAUGCUGUUUGGGUACUCUGCCAGGGAGAGUAAAAGACCUCAGUUUUAUUUUACCUGAUACUUAAGGAGUUUCAAGACAACACUAUGCCCUGCCUGGAGACUGACCUUGCUACCAGUGCAGCCUUUAGCCACAUGAACACAGUGCUGUCAUUGCUUGGGACUGGUGCCAGCCCUAUGAGGCCUUGGCAUGGAGACUCACUGACCUCAGUUUUUCUGAGCUUGCACUGCCCCACCUGAAGCUUUGUUUUAGCUGUAACUUAGUCUCUCAAAUGACAGCCUAAUACAUUUGUGUGCUGUGCUGCCUAUAUUUAUAAUGAUUCCGAUAUAAUUCUGUGGCUAAUGGCUAGGAAGUAAUAGUUAUUUUGUAUAGAAUUAAUUCAUCUGUGUUUUUAGGUGCCAGAGGCUCCAUGGAUAU